AUGACGACAAGUAUAUUGAUUCAAAUGCUGUUGUUAACCUUGGCUCUGGUAUUCGCGUCAACCACUGCCUCCGCAAUAACCAUUCACAACACCUAUUCUCCGCAUGUCUGUGCUUUGCAUAGCCCUGCCAUGGACGGAAUGUUUUCUGUUGUGAGAAGACGUAUGCUUCUUGAAAAGGCGAUGAGAAUGUUUCUGAGAAGAGCGACUUGGAAGCCCUACUCUCUUUCAGAAAUGGUAUUACAGCCGACCCCAUGCAGUCGCUUAUCAACUGGACUUCUACCAAUUCAGGAAACCUGUGCUCAUGGAAUGGUGUUGUGUGUAGAAAGCAUACCCAAAGAGUGGUGGCCAUCAUUCUCCCACGGCUGGGAUUGCAAGUUCGGUGGUCUUGGCAGUUUAGAGUAUCACCGCUUGUCCUACAAUGAUCUAAGUGGAACCAUUCCAGUUUCUCUGAGCAACUGCACGUCUCUUCUUGAUUUGGUGCUUGGUGUUAACAAUCUCACAGGAAGCAUUCCAACCGAAUUGGGGAGGCUUGACAAAUUGCAGUACAUUUCUGUGAACGAUAACAAGUUAAAUACCCAAAUCCCUGCAGCCCUUGGUAAUUCUUCCUCCUUGGAAGUAUUGUUUAUUGGGGGUUAUACCCAGCUAUAUGGUAGUAUACCAGCUGAACUAGGAAAUUUGAAAAAUCUUUACCAAUUAUCCUUGUAUGGCCCAGGAAAUAUUACAGGCUCUAUACCUCAAGACAUAGGAAACUGUAGUGGUCUUGAGUGGCUUGAUGUGGGAUACCACCAUAUUACUGGACCACUGCCCACAAGAAUUGCCAUGCUUCCUAUUAUUGGUAAACUCAAGAGUGUUAACGAGCUGUUAAUCACGAGCAAUAAUAUAUCCGGGAGUAUCCCAGAAAGUAUCAGUGGUUUGAUCUCAGUGGAGGUGUUAGAUUUUUCAGACAACAGCUUGGAUGGAAAGAUUCCUAAGGGUAUCACUGAAUACACUGCACUCAAGCGCCUGAUUUUAUCCCAAAAUAAGCUGAUUGGAAAUAUUCCAUUCUCUAUGGGCAGCUGCCCCUCAAUGACAGAGCUGAUACUAUCCAGUAACUCUUUGUCCGGUGGAAUUCCCCGGACACUUAGCAACUGCACAUCUUUAAGGAAGAUAAAGCUGUCCAACAAUUCCUUGAAUGGAAGUUUCGAUAUCAAUUAUCCUCCUUCUCUGGAAGUGUUAUCAGCAAACACCAAUGACUUCUCCGGAACUCUGCCAGUAUCUUUGGCCAUUUGUACGAAGCUUCAGCUUUUGGAUUUGAGAAGGAGCCAUUUGAGAGGUGCACUUCCUUUGUACCUGGCGAAUUUUCAGGAAUUGAGAGUUUUGAGCCUUGGGUAUAAUCAGCUUCAAGGUACUUUUCCAGCGGGGAUGGUAAACCUCACUAGUUUGCAGGUGUUGGAUUUAUCAAACAAUAAGUUUGAUGGUCAAAUACCAUCUAAUCUUGAGAAUCUCCAGGGAUUUGCAAAGCGUGGAGAUCCGCAAAUACCUGGAAACAGCCUAUAUGAAGAUAUACGCAUAGUAAUAAAAAAACAUGAGUACAGGCUGGACUAUGUAAUGGCAGCGAACACCAUACUUGAUUUAUCAAGUAACAAUCUCAGCGGGCAGAUACCAGAAAGCAUAAUGAAUUUGAGCAGCCUGAGAUUACUAAAUCUCUCAGGGAAUCAUUUCACUGGUAAGAUACCAGCUUCUCUUGGACAUAUAUGGACUUUGGAGCAGUUGGAUUUGUCUCAAAAUAUGCUGGAAGGGCAAAUUCCUGAGGACCUCUCUCUAUUGUCCCUGUUGGCCUAUUUGGAUCUAUCUAAUAACAGUCUUUGUGGACAGAUACCCAGAGGAACGCAAUUAGAGACAUUCACUGCCAAGUCAUUCCAGAAAAAUAGAUGUUUAUGCGGGGGAAGUCUACAGAGUUGCAGCCCAAAGUGUAAAAUAAAUGCAGCUGUAGCUGCACAGUGUAGGAUAGAUCUGCAAGAAGAAAAACGAAAAACAGAGUUUGCAGGAAAAAAUAUAGAGCAUAAAAACAGAGUGUUGAUUAAUCAAAAGAAAAAAUACAAUCAUAAUAAUGCAUACGAGCAUACACCUUUCACUGUGUUUAGAUCCUUGCUGUGUUUAGAUCCACACUUUGUGGAUGUAACUCAAGAAACCUGA